AAGUUGCAUGUCAUGCCGAAAGCCCCGCGCUGGAACCGGGUGAAACCAAAUUAUGGCUCGUCUUGUAGUUGUAAUUUCUUUGCUCCCUCCGUACUUUUUUUUGCUUUCUUGCUGUUCUCCCCGCUUCAAAGCUUAUUUGCUCCCUCCCACUUCAUUUCUACUAUAAUUGCUUCAGUCACGACAGUUUUAGGACUGGAAUUCUGACGAGAUAAUCUUGAGACGCACCUUCUUCUAACAUGACCAGGUCUAUCGUUCGAGCAAUAUCGAACGAUAUUGGUUGCUUUCGAGA